AAGAUGAGGAAAGUUAAAUCGGGUCCCGCCCACUUCCCCCUUUCGCUCGCAGUUUCUGUUUUCUCUACAAAUCGUUACCAGUGACCAUUUUUGCCAGAUAAAGUGGACAAUGGCAGGAUUAGACUGGACUUAUGGUGUUUCCACUUUACGUCAAUGGGAAUCUGCAGAUUAUGAGCCUUCACUUCCUGUUUCAGAGAAGUCUAACCCCCUGACACGUGACAUCGACCAAGCUUCGGCCUAUAGCAUUGUGAAGAUGUUACAACUUUGUGAUUCUCAGAUGUUCCAGGAAGAGGCAGGAACGGCCUACCAGAGGCUUUUGAGUGACCAAGUGGUGAAAACCUUAAUGGAGGUUGCUAAAAGGGUGGCGGUCAUAAUUAAGGAUCCUCAGGAGAGCUGUGUUGUGAUGAGCGGUUGUGGCACUUCUGGUCGGCUGGCUUUCCUGAUCUCGUCAGGCUUCAACAAAGCACUGAGUCAGCUGAACCAAAGUAAAGUGUAUUCAUACAUCAUUGCAGGAGGAGACAGAGCUCUGCUUUCCUCCCAAGAGGCUCCUGAAGACGACCCCAGACUAGGCGUGCUCAGUCUGAAGAAGGUGUGUGAGGGAAAGAAGCGAGUCUUGUUCAUUGGCAUUUCCUGUGGACUGUCUGCUCCAUUUGUGGCAGGGCAGCUGGAUUUCUGCAUGCAGCACCCUGAAGUCUACACGCCUGUGCUGGUUGGCUUCAACCCUGCACAUCAGGCCAGAGAUGAGCCCAUACAAGACUGUACCUUCACGUUUCACAGUGUGGUACAAAGGAUGCAAGAACUUGCAAAAAGCCAGAAGGCCUUCCUCAUUAACCCAGCAGUUGGGCCAGAAGCCAUCAGUGGGUCCUCCAGGAUGAAGGGAGGCAGUGCAACUAAGAUUCUCCUGGAAGUUGCCUUCUCUGCUGCUCAUGCUGCCACUUUCUCCAACACACCUAUCACAUAUAAUGGCGUUCUGGAGCACAUGAAAGCAUAUGAGAGAACUCUGGAUGUCACGUACUCUCAGACUGACGGCAUCACUGCUCUGGUGGAGGCAGCGGGACAGAGUUUGCGGUGCAGCAGGCACGUGUAUUACCUGGGCUGGGGUUCGCUGGCUUUGCUGGGCCUCAUUGAUGCCAGUGAGUGUACCCCCACAUUUGGUGCAGACUAUGAAGAUGUUCGAGGCUUCAUCAGCGGAGGAUACAGAGAGCUGAAUAACAAUGACGGCCCCUUAACUUCACUGGGCCCCAAGUUCUCCAUAGCACAUGAGGACUUCCUACAUCUGAUCCUGCCGUGUCUUACUGAUAAGGACACUGUGCUGCUAAUCUACACGCACCCCGAUGAUGCCACUGAAGUGGGGAACAUGGCCCGCAGAGUGAGAGAAAAGACGCCCAACCUCCAUGCUGUUCAUCACCAGGCUGAUGGAGACACAGCAGCUUCUUUACAACAAGAUGACAUCAAAAAACUGUGUUUAUCUACCCUAAAGAUAACUUGGCCUCGAGAAACACUUGCUUCAGGGACCUUGCAGCAUAUGCAGCGGGAGCUGUCCACCAAGCUGGUGCUGAACGCUGUGAGCACUGGAGCUCACGUCUUAAAGGGGAAGAUAUACCAGAACCACAUGAUUGACCUGCAGGUCACCAAUACUAAACUGUACCGCAGGGCCACGCGUUUACUCCAGCUUUCUGCAUGUCCAGAGGAAAACUGUGAGGAAGCUCUUUUAAAGGCAAUCUACCGAGUAGACAUGCUGACAGUGGAGAUGACAUCCUCUGACAUCACCACACACACGUGCUUUGCCAGAAACAGCACCAAGGUGGUCCCUCUGGCUUUGGUCAUUUUACUUACCAGUUGGUCACUCAUGGAGGCGGAGUCACAUUUGAAGCAGCAGCCAAUUGUUAGGGAAGCUGUGGCUCAGUGGAUGUGGUAACUGAGGCUGUUAAGCUAAAAUCUUACAUACAAAUCACACAGAUGCUAUUUGAGCACUUUUAUCUCACUCCUAAAUGAACAUACUUCUAUUCUAAUUUAAUGUGAUUGAAAUGAAAUAAGUAAAUAAAUAAAAAGCUAAUGAAAGUUUCAGCCUUUUUGACUCAAGUUCAUUAAAAUAUGUUAGAAAGCCUGACACUCCA